AUGUCCAGGCGAAUCACACCGCUGUAUGUGUUCGACGACCCAGCCGAGUACCACCGUCGCCACAGCCAGGGAACAGUCGUCGAAUUCCAGAACGAGGCCAAAGACAUCAAUGCAUUCAACGAGAAGCAGACCGCCUUCAAGACCUGGGUGGUCGCGAAUGUGUGGCAAGGAAAGGACAAGUCGGGUUGGUUGCUCCUGAUCCGCCCUGGCGACCAGUCCCAGUUCUGCUUCCCGAAGGAGGGGGAGAAUUGCGAGAUAAUGCUGCUGAGCAAGUCUGGCAAAGAGAAGAGAUCGAAAUGGCUCGACGCAGAACGCGUCGACAACCCCGCCGCCUCCAUGGGCCUUCCUGAAGACGCUUAUCGCCUUGCCGCCUUUGAAGUCAAGGUCCCGAAAGAUGUCCCUCCAGGCACCUUGCGGCCCAUUCAGGGCGAUCCUGACGACUUGGAGCACGGCGGCGCACCACAGAAGAGCAACAAGUACCUUCUGGGCGACAAGAAGGCAAUCAUGGUCAACAUAAAGUUGAGGAUCUCCUCCGCUACCAAAGACGCCGAGCUUGGAGCCGUCACCAAACUGGCACUGAACCCGAAGAAUGACCGUACCCAGAAGCAACACGAUGCUUUCAUGUACCUGAUGGAUUUCAAAAACCCGCGCUUCACAGUCAGCCUCUUCAACCAUUUCCCUCAUCUAGCGGACCCAAUGAACAGGGGAGUACUCCCAGCCAAGGUGAUCACGAUGCUCAAGGGUUUUAAUGAGCACCAGAUCGCGGCAUACAGAACUGUUAUUGGCAAUCUGCCCUGUGGCAUUUGCAUCCUCCCGGGUGGUCCAGGUGCUGGAAAGACACAUUGGAAUCUGGUGCUGACCACGGCCAUACAAUCCAAGAACGAGAUUUGGCUUGCCCCGGACAAAUUUGAACCGCGUUCUGCCAAAGUCCUUUACCUUCUCGACAUCAACAAGCCACUUGACGAUACUUCGAACAAAAUGGUGAAGCUGUACAAGAGUCUGGGCUUGAAAAAACCACGCUGUGCGGCUCUAUGGAUGGCACUAUAG